AUGAAUAAAACAAGAUCAAGUUUUGCUAUUGCUACAUCUAGAACAAAAACACAAAUUAAUUUAGCUAGUCAAGGAACACUUCCUUGUCCAUAACAUUCUUCUUUCAAUAUCUCUCAUGUUUGCUUAUGUACAACUUGUACCUAAACUAUUUCAUUUUGUUCUGAAUGUCUUUUUGAAACUUAACAUUAAUAACAUUUAGCUAAACAUAAAGAGCAUAUUAUUGGAUGGAAUGACUUAAUGAUUCUUUGUAGAAGAUAAAGUGUAUCAGGUAGAUUGGGAGAUGAACCUUAAAAAGAAUUAAAUUAAAUAGUACUUUCAACUUAAGCUCAUUAAGCUAGUUUUAAAACUUAUAUUAAAAAUUAGGAAUAACUCAUUAAUAAUGAUUUUGAUGGAUUAAUUACUAAAUUUACAGAAAUGAUAAAUAAAGUUAAAGCUGAAUUUAUGGCUCCUUAUAAAAAUUAUUUGCAAGAUCUUAUUGAUAUGGGAACUAUAUUAGAAAAAUUAGUUUCAGAUUAUUACUUAGAAAAAAAUAAAGAUUAUAAUAAUGAUUAUGAUAAUUUCUUAAGUGAAGUUAGUAAAUUAUAAGAAUAAUAAACUUCAAAUAAAAAAAAUGAUUAAAAUUAAUAUAAUCUUAGAAAAUUAAUGCAAAAUAUUAUACCACUUGUAAGUAAAGCAAAUGGUUAAUUUUAAAGAGCAUUACAAUAAUAAAACUUAAAUGUAGAAGAGGGAGAAUCAUAAAAGUCAGGAUAUUCUUUAUUUAGUAAUAUGGCAUUAAAGUAAAGUGAUAAUUAAGUACUUAAUGAUUUGGUUAAUGAUUAUAAAGUAUUACUUAAUAGUAGACCUUGUUACAAAAAUUAAGGAUUAGCUUAAUAAACUUAUAAUGGAAUGUAAGAACUAAUAGAUAAAUGUUAUCAUUCUUUGACAUAAGUUGAUUUUAUGGCUCCAGGCUACAAAAGUUAGAUGAUUAAAAUGAAUAAAGAGAAUUUAAGUUUAAAGUAAUAACUAGCAUCACCUAAAGGAACAAAAUAUUUAGAAACUAUUAUUAAGGAAUAGAGUACUAAAACAUUAAAAUAAUUAACUAAAUUAGAAGAAGAUGAAGAUGAAAUAAGAGAAAUGUAACUUAAACAUAGAUUAAGAUAAACUACUUAAUUAAUCAUUUCUGAUCCUAUUACAUCAAUUUCAUUUGUUAAAACAAUCAAAACUACUCACAAAUAAGGUAUUAAUUGUAUGGUUUAAUUUGAUGAUGAUUUUAUUGCUACUGGAUCAAAUGAUAGAUCAGUCAAAAUUUAUAGAUACAGAGUUUAUGAAUUAUUUAAAGAAAUAUAAUUUAAGACUGAUGUAACUUCCUUAGCAGUUUAAAUAAGAAAAGAUGGCUCUUCCUUUUUGAUUGUUGGGUUAUUUAAAGAUAUUUGUAUCUUAAAUUAAGGAUUCGAAGUACUAAAAUCAAUUGAUAGAAUUCAUAAUGGUUAAAUUAAUUCUAUUGUUUGCUUAGAAGAUGCCUGUACUAUUUUUAGUUGUGCUUAAGGUGAUAAUAGAUUAUUAUAAUGGAAUUCUUAAAAUGAUUAACAGAAAAAAUACUUUGAACAUAGAGAUUCAAUUACAUGUAUGGCAUUACUUGGAGAUCAAUAUGUAGCUUCUGGUGGUAAGGAUAGAAAUAUCAAAGUAUAUAAACAAACAUAUGCAAACAAUGUUUUUGAAAAAUUAUAGCUGUCUAUGAGUUUAUCUGAUGCUCAUCCAACAGAAGUAACUAGUUUAGCUUAUGGUGGUGGUAGCAUUCUUUAUAGCAGUAGUGCAUCUGGUGAAUUGAAGAUUUGGGAUUUUAUGGAUGGAACAUUAAUAAAAUAAGUAAAAAAUUAUGCAGGAUGGUGUUUCAGAAUAAUAAACUUUUAAUUAGAAGAGGAAUAGAAUUCUUAAUAGAAAACAUAACUUUAGACUUCGAUUCCAUUAUGUGGAUCACCAAGAAGAAAGAAGUAAAUUUAAAAUGAAUAUGAAUGCAUAAAGAAUAGUUUUAUAGGGACAGUAAGUUUUGAUGGAACAUUCAAGAUAUUCAAUGGUAAAGCUUUAGUGAAUGAUAAGUAAGAAAUGUAAAUAAAUAAAUUAGCCCAUAACCAAUGAUCACAACAUAAUUGAAAUCGAUACAUGAUUGUCAUCCAUUUGGAGGAGUAUUAGCAAUAAGAGAUAGCAUAACAGAUAAGAUUGAUAUUUUAAGUAGUGGAAACAAGAACGAUUGCAAUAUCUAAUUGUAUAGUUUAGCAUAAUCAUGAGUCAUUUUAUAUAAUAUACUAAGUUAACA